CCAGGGAAAGUAUUAGUAUGAUUGACGGCUCUGAAGAUGGCGGCGCCCAUAGUUAUUCCGGAUACGGAGAGAGUUCGAAAAGCUGUGACCUUGAUUAAUGCUCUUGAUACAGGCAGGUUCUCUCGCCUUCUCUCACGUAUCCUUCAGAAGCUUCACUUAAAGACUGAGAGUACUUUCACAGAAGAAGAAGAAGAAAAACUUCAAGCUGCAUUCUCAAUAGAAAAACAAGACCUUCACCUUGUACUUGAAACCAUAACAUUCAUUUUGGAACAGGCUGUAUAUCACAACUUCAAGUGUACUAUUUUGCAACAGCAGCUUCAGCAUUCCAACCUGAAUCAUGAUAAAGUAGAAGUGUUUGCUACUACAUGGACAGCUGUGGGUCCAGAAAUAGUGGAAAAGUUUAGACAAAGAAUUUUGUCACCGCAUAAGCUUGAGACAAUUGGAUGGCAACUUAACCUUCAGAUGGCUCAGUCCAUGCAGGCAAAACAAAAAUCUCCUCAAGCUGUAUUAGAACUUGGAGUGAGCAAUGAAGAUUCAAAGAAUGUGGAGAAAAUAUUUGUGGAAUUCAAUCAUGGAGAACUCUUUGAGUUCUAUAACAAGUUGGAAACAAUACAAAUGCAGCUGGAUUCACUUACGUGAUACAACGUGAAGACUAAUUUCUGUCACAUUCCAGCUGCUUUGAAGCUGAAGAUAUGUCGGCUGACCAUAUUUGCUGAUAUACUCAGUGGAUUGCUGUCAAUAAAUGAUUUAAGUUUGAUCAUUAACUUUGAUCAUUCACAUUAGCUAAAUGAAAUCAUUGUUAAGAAGGCUUUUGUUACAAUUGACUACAUGGCAUUCAACUUUACUAUAAGUGAAGCAUUAUACUAUAUUAUUGUACAGACGUUUGAAUUACGAAGUCUAUGUUGUUUUUGUGUUUGUAUUUGCAUUAAGGAUGGCAGUUCAUAUAAUACUAUAGGACCAUAACAAACUGCAUGUAAACAUUAAUCAAAGAAUGCUUAAACAGUAGAAAAAGAUAAUUAAAUUGAUAAAACAUUGACUCCAAUACCAGUAUCUUACUCAUAAGAACAGCAGUACAAAUACUCUAACUCUGGAUUACUUUAGUUUAUUACUUAAUGCUUUUGUAUUUGUUGCCAGACUUUCUAACUACGACAAAUAGCAAGGCUUGCCUGUUUUUGGAUGAUUCAGUGAUUGUUAAAAUGCUUUACAGGACAAUUGUCCUCUUACACAUCGAAAAGAGAAUAAUGUGAAAUUCUUAACAAAUCAAAUUCAGUUGUUUACUUGAUCAAUAUUUUGCAACCAAAAUUUGAUUUUAUAGAUUCCUAACUUGAAAUAAGAAAUUAAAAUGAAAAACAAGGUCCUUUUUGGUAAAUCCAAAGCAGUGAAGGUGAGAUCCAGUGCUGCAGUGACAGGGCAAACUGUUGUUUAUGCAGGUUGCUGAUGUGCUUUUUAGGGUGUCUUACUGGCAAGAAGCCUCUGAGUUAUAAUGCACACAUUACAUUUCUAAUUGGAAGAGGUAACUAAGACUACGGAAAGUAUAAUUUGCAUUUGCUAGCUUUCCUUAGAUUUCUCGUUUUCAUUUAAAAAGUAGCUGCUGGGUGAACAAAUAAGUGCAUUUAAAAAUGCUGAUUAAAACUCCUGGCAGAAGGUGUCUCUGCCAAGUGUCCUUGGUGCAAUAAUUAACUGACAUUUGCUGUGGUACAUCUGGGAUAUCAUUCUUACAGUAGGAUUGAGCAAGUUUCAGAAAUAAUAUGGAAGAAGCGUCUUGGGCCUCAGGUGAACACAGCAGCACCUCUCAGCUGUCCAUUAGAGGACUCCACUUUUUUCCAUGAAUUCAUGCAUCCCUUAACUGGAUCAGUAAAAGGAAGAUGCUUUUCCUCUUAAUUUAUUUUACCCACAAACUGCUGAAUUGUUUAUUAUGGCUGUGCAAUUUACUUAACUGAACCACGCCAGACGAAAAAUGCUAUUUCUUAAGUAUUAAAGUGGACCCAACAGAAGGGUUACCUUUGAUACAAAAGGCAGGGGUUUUGCCAUCAUGUGGAGGAAACUCCCUCCAGAGCAGUGAGAGGGCAAUGUGAAUAGGCGCAGAGGGCUUUGUACUAGGAAUUGAAGGCUCUCCCUGUGAACAAGGAGCUUUGGCAUAUACAGAAGUGGACAAUUGAAGCCAGUGGAGAAGCUUCCCAGCUGCAGCGAUCAAGCUCCUAGCACAAGGAAGAAGAGCCAUGAAAGCAAGAAAUAUUUUUUCCUCUUCAGAGCAAUGUGCAAUAUUUUUUUCUGUUCUCUUUCUAGCAUCAGAGUAGGUGGCCUUCCAGACAGAUACUAACUGGUGGACUAAGGUAGAUGAGUCCUGCAACAGAGAUCUUUCAGCUGUCUCCAACCCUGCAAGCUUAUAAGUGGUCCUAUAAGUGAAUCUCCUGCUUCCUAUUGUUAAUAUGGUGAACGGAGAGCUAAAGAUCAUGGACUUGAAUUUUUUGUCUGAAGAGGGAGGGAUGAGCUUAAAAGAUGUCUAAUUUGUUGGCUUAGGACACAAGGGAAAAGGAGCUCCAGCUCUAUGAGAAUGAAGUAGCAACCUCUUCACUACCAAUGUUUUAUGUCUAUGUGUGCACGGAUGACCUGGGAAGAUCACAAAAGAGGCAGCACAAAACUUUAGGGAGGAUGUGGCUGUCUUGAUACUUAAGUGAGCAAUGUGUCCCUAGUGACAUUGCCAUGACUGAAAUAUCCCGUGGAUGAUUUAUGCAUUUAUACCAAACCGGAAGGAACCUUAGAACAUAAAUGCCUUUGGUCCUAGUAAUGGGUAUAAACACAAUUAAUUCCAAAGUUUUAUUUUUCUUUAUAACUUGCUCCUGAAUAUUCUACAAGUGUAGGUCAGUCAGUACUGUAAAGCAGUGUAGGGUAACUGAACUAUAUUUAAAUUCUAAAAUCUUUAAAGGCUGUAUUUAUAGGGGGGAAGUGUAAUAUCAGAUUAUUAAGUGACUGAAUUAGGAAUUACGAUUCUGAGAGAAAUUGGUUUGUAAUUUUCAAGUCAUUAUCAAUUGGCACGUUAGCACACACCUCUUCAACAUACCUAUUUUGAUUGGAAAAUACCGAAGAUUGCAUUGCAGAAGGACUUUUAUCUUACGUUAAAAAUCAAUCUAAAAAAUUACUUGCGCAAGCUCUUAAACUCCAAAUGCACCCCAAUCAAACAGGAGUAACCUCCAGUUUUUGCCUUCCCUAUUUUGUAGACAAUAUGGAAAUAUAAAACCAUUGA